CUGUCUCACUCUCAAGUCAUGAGCUGUGGUGAUGAUGUGGUUCCUCCUCCUGCUUCUCCACCUUGCUCACAUUGGGCUGAUGAUCUCAGCUGAGGACAAACUGAUUCUAAAAAACAAAGGAGGCUACCCAUGUGAAGGCUACCUUGAAGUCUACCAUAACAACAUAUGGGGCUUUGUUGGGGAUACACACUGGAGCAACAACACUGAAAAAGUGGUUUGUAAGAGCACUCACUGUGGGGAACCUGUGGAGAACCCAGUAACAGAUAUUCCCAAGCCUUCUGAAAACAGACCGAUCUGGCUCAAUGAACUGAAGUGUGAAGGAGACGAGAGCGCUCUGUGGAAAUGUAAACAUCCUGGUUGGAACUACAGCGAUUACUCAAAGGUCACAGUGAAAAAACUUAAGUGUUCAAGUAAUAUCACAUUAAGCCUGGAUGGACCCAAAUGUGCUGGAGCUCUCCAGUACUCUGUUGAUGGCAAAACUCAGGGUUACUUUUGUAACAACAACAUUGGUGAAAAAGAAGCCAGGCUUCUGUGUAAAAAUCUCGGGUGUGGUGGACUCAGAGAAAUUCCUCCCUCAGAGAGUAUGGUUAGUGAUAAUUUCAGGGACUCAUCAAAGAUGAAGAUCGAUUGUUCAGCUUUAAAAACGCAGAUCCCAGAUCAUCUGUGGCAGUGUGUGAAUGGCAAUACGACAAUUCAGCAUCAUGCAAACUUUCUCUGUCAUAUGUGA